AUGGUUGGGUUUAGAAAGAGUGGUGACCUCUUGGUUGAAAUGAGUGCAGGGAAGCUUCUUUCUUAUGACCCUGAGACUGAAAAGUUUACAGAACUUGAAGUUGAUAGCAAUGUCAGCAUUUCGACCUGGUUUCAUGCAGAGAGUUACAAAGAGAGCCUUGUUUUACUGGGGAGACAUGGCUUGCUGGGGAGUCAAGUUCAUGGAGAGAAGAAUAGAGUUGAGAGAGCCGGAACAAGGAAACGAAAAGCAAGGAAAAAGUAGAAACCAGGGAAGCUACCUUGAUGAGGAGUUCUGCCAUAGAUAUGAGGACCAAGGUGGUCUUACAGGAUUGCGCUGGGGUGAAGGACCAUGUUCAGGAAGGAAGGAAAGGUUAGAAAAAGUCUGCAAGAAUAGAAAUUUCAUGUUGAACUCUUUUAUGUUUGCGGAUCAAAAUUAAAAAUCAAGUGACUUUGGUAUGACCCACUUUAGCUAGUUUCUCCAAUGAAAUGCAUGGUUGAGGGUUAGUUUGUUUUACUCUCUUGAAGCUUUAGAGCUGAUGUUUUCCCUAACUUGUGUGCUUGGAGAUGUAUGAUGCCUCCUUUCUGUUCUUAUGGUUUUUAGCUUUCACAUGUGUCAUGGUGCCGAUAUUGUUCAGUGCAACUGUUAGACUGGGUUGGCGCAUGUCCUCUAGGUAUGGUUUAAUUUUUCUCU